AUGGACCACCUGGCCCUGGAGCUCGUGGGCCUCGUCCUGUGCCACGUCGACCACCUCUCUCUGCCCGUGUGCCGGGCCGUGUGCCGAAAGUGGUCGGAUGCCCUCGCCGCACAGUGCCUGCCCGAGGGCGCCAGUGACGGCGACGGCGACGACAAAGGAACCACCGCUACGUUGGCCGAUGCCGCGGCCGAGGUGGUGGCCGAAGAGGAGGACGGCGAGGAGAACUACUGGAACUAUGCGGGGCGGCUGGCGGCCCACGGCCGGCUGACGGUGCUGCAGUGGGCCCGCGCCCAGGGCUGCCCGGUGGACGAGAUCGAACACGCCCGUGGCCACGCGGCCAGGACAGGCCACCUCCCAGUCCUCCAGUGGCUCUACGACAUUGUCGACAACGAAGACCACGAUGACGAAGACGAAGACGAUGACGAUGACGGUGACGGCGACGGCGACGGUGAUGGUGACGACGAUGCCACAGUCGAGCAAGCGGCCAAGGGUGGCCAUGUGGCGGUGCUCGAGUGGCUGCGGGACCGGCCAGCAGGCGGCGGUUCAAUGGUUACGCGCCAAUGGCUGCGCCUGGGACGAGCGCGCGUGCUAUGCCGCGGCCCACGGCGGCCACCUCGCACUGCUGCAGUGGCUGCGCUCUGA